GGUACGCUCGCGCAUCUGUGCUGAGGAGCACGUGAACAUGAUGGAAAUAGAUUGACGUAAUGCUACACUGAAGCUGUUGACAAAUGUCAUUUUUAAAUGCACAUGUGGUUGAGUCUUUACUUAAACAACUUUAUUUGCUCUUAUACUCUGACUCCUUCCACAUGGCUUUAUUAAGCAGCAUUGUUGGGCAAUAAUUUAAACACCCAAAUGAAAGAAGGGCACGAGAAAGCAAAGGUUUCACAUGGCUUUACAUGAUUCACCUCAAGACUCAGGAAAUGUACAGCAAUUGGGGACACCUGUGGAGCUUGACACUUUACUUUUGGACACUGAUGUCGUAUUUGGAUUGUCAAGUCAUUAUCUGAAGCGAAAACAAAAGGUGGUUGAGACAUCAGCAAGUGUUCAGUCAGUGCACAGUCAAGCAUUUAAUCCAAGGAAAAGGCUUCAUUCGGCAGAGGAAGUGCAAUGCGGCAGCCGGCCAAACCCGGAGGGUGCCGGUGGCUCUGUGUCUGUAACGGAGUUAAGGCAAUCCGAGCACAAGCAUGGGCGAGAAAACCUGUGUCAGCGAUGUCAAACCAUCGCAAACGAUCUGAACAGGCAGGCGCUGGAGCUGGCUGAGCCGGGAACACUGAAGGACCCAAGCUUUGCGGCCUUCAUCCACGACAAGCUCCAGACUCUAGAAUGGCCUCUCAGAGGAUUUGGUGCCCAGAUCAUCUGUGAAGUGUGCGGAACGUCUCUUCACCACCUCAGACGCCUGGCACUCCACUCAGCCCUGGGACUGGCAUUGAACGACAUGCCUGACCUGCAGCCCGGUCCUCUGUCUGGCCUGCUGCCACCACGUGCGGCAUCUCACAGUGCCAUUUCAUCCCAUGCUUCCUGGGACUGGCCCACACACGGUUCUCUAACUGCAAGCAGUCAACCCCUAACUGAGCACUUCUGUGGUCCGCUAAAUAGGGAGAAGCAACAGAAAACAGGCUGGAACCAAGAUGGAGCAUCUCGAGUAGGUGGCAAACGCACCUGCUUAGCCACUGUCACUCCACUUCCGGUCCAUCCACAAAAUUAUCUGGAGGGAGUAUGGCGUGUGACAAGAGCUUCAGACCAUAUUCGCUCAUUGGGUCAUUCUGUAAACAGUUUGGCAGCUGACUCCUCCAAGUCCAGUCAGGCGAGUGCCCUAUCCACAGUUUCUUCAUCUGGAAAUAAACCUUCCCACCACGACAAACCAGCGAUCCCUGUUGCACCCCAAACUAGCUCAGCAGCCUCAUUCCUUCUCAGGGCUGCCCAAAAGCUGAACCUCUCCAAACGGAAAAAGCCUCAACCUCUGCCCCCAUCACCACCCGAUCCAGAAGAGCCAUUCUUUUACACCGAUGGCUUCAGUGCUGCCCUACAGCUCUCACCCCCACCUGUACCCCCAUGUCUCCUUAGGGCAGGGUCAAAGGUCAAGGACAGCCCUGGGAUGGGAAAGGUUAAAGUAAUGGUGCGGAUAUGUCCUGCCAAAGGAUCCCGAGACACCUCCGAAUCCAUGUCCUUUCUGAAGGUAGACGCCCAUAAGAAGCAGCUGACCUUCUGUGAGCCGCCCGCUAGCACUCGCUCGGCUGCUGCCAAUGCACCAAAGAUGUUUAGCUUUGAUGCUGUUUUUGCCCAAGAUGCUUCACAGGCAGAGGUGUGCUCGGGGACAGUAGCAGAGGUUAUCCAGUCUGUGGUCAAUGGCGCAGAUGGCUGCAUCUUCUGUUUCGGUCAAGCCAACCUGGGGAAAACCUUUACUAUGAUUGGCAAAGACAGUUCUACACAGAGCUUGGGCGUGGCCCCGUGUGCCAUCUCUUGGCUCUUCAAGCUCAUUGAGGAAAGGAAAGAGAAGGCCGCUACCCGAUUCUCAGUCCGAGUGUCUGCUGUGGAAAUCUGUGGCAGGGAGGAGGUGUUAAGGGACCUGUUGGCUGACUUCUCCACAGGGACGUCCCAGGACAGUCAGGGUGCAGGAGUUUCCCUGCGAGAGGACCCGGUCUGUGGAUCUCAGCUGCAAAACCAGAGUGAAUUGCGGGCAUACUCCGCAGAGAGAGCAGCGUUUCUACUGGACACAGCUCUGGCAGCACGCAGCACAAACAGAUCUGACUGUAGGGAAGAGGAUCGUCGCAAUUCCCACAUGCUCUUCACACUGCACAUUUCUCAGUGCCGCAUGGAGAAAAGCAGCAAAGCAGGAAUGUCUGGGGGUCGAAGUCGCCUGCACCUCUUGGACUUGGGUAGUUGUGAGUCUGACCCGAGUCAGUCACGAGAUGGGGGGAAAGGCCAAUGUCUGUCAUUGAGUGCACUCGGAAAUGUCAUUCUGGCAUUAGCCAAUGGAGCCAAGCAUGUGCCAUACAGAGACAGCAAGCUUACCAUGCUACUGAUGGAAUCGCUGGGCAACAUCAACUGCAGAACCACCAUGAUCGCCCACAUCUCUGACUCGCCAGCCAAUUAUGCUGAAUCUCUCACCACUGUGCAGCUUGCCUCCCGAAUUCAUCGAAUGAGGAAGAAAAAAUCUAAGUAUGCAUCAAGCUCCUCUGGAGGGGAGAGCUCCUGUGAAGAAGAACGCAUCAGACGAAGACCAUUCCACCCUCGGACUGUGGCUCUCGACCCGGAUCAUCCUGCGAUGUUUUCCAGUGACCCUGAUUACUCCUCCAGCAGUGAGCACUCGUGUGAUACAGUAAUUUAUGUGGGGCCUGGUGGGGCACCUAUUUCUGAUCGUGAACUCAGCGACAAUGAAGGCCCCCCAGCAUUUGUUCCUAUCAUUCCCUCUCUGAACAAGAAGCGUGUUAAAGAGGGACCAAAGUCUGAUGGGGACCACCUCAAAUGCAACACCUUUGCAGAAUUACAAGAACGGCUUGAUUGUAUUGAUGGCAGUGAGAGCUCAUAUGUUUCCACCAGUGAGGGAAAAGGCCAACAGACAGCUUCUAAAAGUGGAAUAGAUAAUGUGUCAGAGGUGACAUCUGUAUCCACCAGGACAGCCAAGUCUUCUAUUCAAAAGCCCGGAGACCUGCAACCUGCAACAUCUGAUGACAACAAGACUUUAAGGCAAGAUUCUGAGCCUGUUGUAAGAGAGAAGGUUCAACUCAGCAAAGAGCCUUUACAAAAAUCCAAUGCCACUUCCUCCAUGCAGAACAUCUUAAGGUCAAAUACAGAGUCUGGCUUAGCCACACGCACGCCUCCAGUGGGUAUGAGCCAACAAGCCCUAAGACAAGGAGAACAAAGUGACUCCCCAAUUCUUGACAAAGCCCAUCACUCUAGUAGAAGUCCUAUGGAGGUGAGCCAUCUACGCUCUGCUUUGAGGAACAGGUGCUAUGAUAGAGAUGUUUUAAGAACUACAAUCACACUGCAGCAGCCUGUGGAGCUUAAUGGAGAAGAUGAGCUGGUGUUUACUGUGGUUGAGGAGCUGCCUGUGGGUUUGGUUCCAGACAAUGGGCGACCUUCUAGUAUCAUUAGUUUUAACAGUGAAUGUUCUUUGCAGGCUCUAGCUUCUGGCUCACGGCCGGUUAGCAUUAUCAGCAGCAUCAAUGAUGAGUUUGAUGCCUAUACAUCUCAGAUCAGCAGGUCCCAACUUAACCAAGCUGCUACUUCAAAGUCACAAGAAGAACUUACAGCUGGGCACACCACUACACAGUCUUCAAUCAGCUCCUGGUCUUGCAAGACAAAUAUUGGUGCACCAAGUAGAGUUCAGACAAUUUCUGAAAAAGGCCUUUCUGAAAAAGGUUUACGCAGGGGACAAGAAAGCAGCUCCAUGUUCGAUUUACCUGGUAGUUUACAUGGCGUGUCUUACAACCAACAAAGAACGAACAGUUCAUUAGGUGACAGUGGAAUAUUUUUUUCAGAACUAGACUAUGAUUCUGACAAAUCGUCCAAGUGCCCUCUAACUCAUGACAGUACCAAAGCAUCCCUGAGUGGUCCAAAGUCAAUGAGAUAUAAUAGACCCAUCACUUCGCAGUCUACCCAAAUCUCAUUUUCUCACUCUACACUCCCCAGAAAGAACACACAAAUGUCACCUUCUAGCAGUAGCUAUGGCCAUGAGCUCCAACGCCAAGAAAGUAGAAUAGAAGAACAGCGGAGCCAUCACACCAGAAAUACUGAAUUUAUCUCUGCCAGCAAACCACCCAGAAAUGGCAUGAGUGGAAUUCCAUCUAGAAAGGCAAGUGGGAAUAGCAGCAGUAUACCUCGUCCUCCCAAAAUUCCUGUGUCAUCCACAUCUCAAAGGAUUGUAGAUGGUUGUGAAAAAUCCAGUGUUAGAAAAGGGGAUCUGAGCAAGAUGCCUCAGCUCAAACGAGGAGCCACCACUCUUGGCAUGGUCUCAGUACCCCAAAGCUCCCCUGAGAUGAAAUGGGGCAAUGAUGCCUCACAAACAAGUAGCAGCCUGAAAUUCUCAUCACUUGGAAAGAGAGUUAAUGGACAAAAGAGUAGUAUGCUCCCUAGGUCUGGAAGCAUGUCACCCCCUGCUCCACCUGUUCGAAAGUCUAGUCUGGACCAGAGGACACGAGUUUUGUUGUCUCCUAGUGCCUUAAAAUCUGGGGGUAACGAUGGAACAAGAUCCUCUUCUUCUAAAGUAUCAGUGUCUGAGGAGGACUUUAAUCUUCAAGCUAGGGUAGAAUCCUUCAGUUAUAAAUCAUCAAGCCUGAAGUCAGCUUCUAGUCUGAGAUCACACAGUGGUAAAGGAGAAAAUGGAAGGCAUUUUGGUAGUCUCAUGUCCCUUGAAAGGUGUGACAGUUUAAUCUCAAUGGGUUCAAGACCAGGAACCUCGAGAGAGAACAGUAAUGUCAGUAUUAGCAGCACUGGCAGAUCUGGUAAAAUAGUGCCAAAACCUGCAACUUCCAUAUCUACACCUACUUUCACUUCCCCUCCAUCUACCAGUGGAAUUUCUAAGCUUGGACAGAUAAAAGCCAGUAUAACUCCUAGGGCCAUUAUUGGGAAUGGCAACAAGGGAAGAACAUUGUCAAGCAGUGGUUCAAAGUCUCUUAGCUCCUCAGCUAAGUUUCUUGCUGCCUCAGCAACAAGGAACGCCAAUCUACCUCCAACUGGAAAGCCCACAACUCGCUCAGUCACAGGCUCCAAUGGUAAACCAGGGAGGGGAACUAUUAUGGGCACAAAGCAAGCAAUCCGUGCAGCCAACAGUCGUGUCAGUGAAUUAGCUGUUGGAAGCUCCAAGAAACAUCUUAGAGGCUCUGAUCCAGCAGAUGGCAACAGUGAUACCAGAUCAACUUCCAGUGAGACACUACCAACUGCUCCUCUGCCCUCUCCAUACAGCAAGAUCACUGCCCCUCGGCGCCCUCAACGCUACAGUAGUGGUCAUGGUAGUGACAACAGCAGUGUACUAAGUGGCGAACUGCCCCCAGCCAUGGGGCGCACUGCACUUUUCUAUCACAGUGGAGGCAGCAGUGGCUAUGAAAGCAUGAUAAGAGACAGUGAAACUACAGGUAGCGCAUCAUCUGCCCAUGAUUCCAUGAGUGAGAGUGGAGUUUCCACGUCCAGCCGAACAAAGGCCUCAAAAUCGCCAAAAAAGAGAGCCAAUGGCCUGCAGCGACGCCGGCUGAUUCCUGCUCCCCUGCCCGACACCUCUUCCCUGGGCAGGAAAGUUGGUGCAGCAGGCCAGUGGGUGGAUCUACCACCACUCGGGGGUACCAUGAAGGAGCCCUUUGAGAUUAAAGUGUAUGAGAUUGAUGAUGUGGAGCGACUACAGAGAGGCAAAGAAGGAAUAGCAGAGGGUUUGCAGUACUUCAAUGCCCGCCUUAGAAUGCUGGAGAAGAGACAGCAGCAGAUCAAGGAUUUACGGGCCAAGCACGAAAAGCUGAAAAGGGAGCUUGAGGAUGCAAAGACCCAUCUUAUGCUGGACCCCAGCAAGUGGGUGGGAGAAUUUGAUGUGGACCCAGAUCUGGACCAGGAAUCGCAGGACUACCUAGAGGCUCUGGCUCAGGCCACAGGAGAGCUGGAGUUUUGUGUCAACCUAUGCAAGUCUCGCGUUAUGAUGGAGACCUGCUUCGACAUUGCAGUGCCCACGAUCCCAGGACCGAGCACACAACAGGAGAUGGAGGUCUGAGAGAGAACAAAGACAAAACAAGGUGUGGUUUAUGACGACAGGAGGGGAUAACAAGCAAGCUGUUGUACAAGCCUUUAUGGAAAACAGUAGGACUUUUCAGAAGUUUGAUAUGUUUUUUCAUGGCAAGAACAUGCAAUAUAUGGACAAAAGUUUUAGGACGCCCACUUCUAAUAAACGGAUUUGAAAUUGCCCUUCCCUCAGUGUGUAUAGAUCAAUGAGUGUAUAGUUUUUUGGACUGUGGAAGGAAAGCACAGUACCCAAAGUAAACCCAUGCUCACAUAAGAAGAACAUGUAAACUCCACACAGAAAGACCUCCUGACCCAGCCAAGCCUUGAACCGGGGACCUUCUUGUUGUAAGACAAGAGGGCUCUGUUUGGGGUGGCCGCUGUGCCAUCCCAAACAUCUUUAUUAGAAGGGGCGUCCCAAUAAGUUUGUCUAUAUACUGUAGUGUAUAUUGUGUGACAUUGAUACUGGCUUGUUUUGAUAAAUGCAACAAAUUAAGGUAUUGAAACGGUCAGCCAGGUUAGAAACUCACAGAUAAAUAAGAGAAAACAGUAUCUUGAGAUUUCAUCAACGUUAAUAGGAAGUGCCUUAAACCGAUAAAUCCCAAGAAGUAUCUUUGUUUGGUGCUAGUAUUCAGACCAACUUUCCCAAAUAAACUCUGUUAUCAUUUAUUGUGUAUUUUCAUUUGAGAAACAAAGUAUUUUGCAUUGUAAUGCAGUGUAUAGUGUAUUUAUAUGAGCUAAAAGUGUGUACAAAUAUAGUUUUAAGUAUCAAACACAAAAAACGUUAAGAAAUCAGACUACUUCUCGAUUUGUCAGACUAUAUUUUCCAAAUAACCACUGCAAGAAAAGUUCUUCUUGAAAAUGCAAUGUUUGUUCAGCAUCAUGCUCACAUGUCCAUCUCUCCUUUUAAAACUAUGCUUGUCCCUGGAUGAUUUGCUGUUACACUGUUGUCUAUCUUGUUUAGUUACAGUCGUUCCUCUGCACAAUGACUGGCUUUUAGUAAGCCCAUGCAGAUCUGCUUGGUUGGUUGUUUUGGUUGGUUGGUGCAGCUGGUUGCAGACCAUAAAUUCGAUCUUCAAACACUUCUCCGGACAUUUAACUGAAGUGUGUUUGUACCAGUGAGUUUCAGUGUGUCUGUGUGUUUCUAUCCAAAUAAAACAUCCAGCGUCAUAAAUCCACAAUAUCUGCCUGUACUUAAAAAGAGUUUGCCUUCAUUGAACUUCACAAAUGUUGAGAUAUUUGGCUAUCACCUGUUAACAACAAAGAACCUUUUGAUACAUUGUCCAGAGAUUUUGAUGUUUGAUGAGUUUGUCAUGUUAAUGAAAAGUGUGACAUUUCUCUAAAAGAAACAAAGA